AAGUUGCAGGAAGGGAGACGCCCCCCUCGCUGCUUUCGGGAAGCGGGGAAACGAAACCGACUCUCUGCUUCUCUCCCUCUCCCGCCUUUGUGGAGGCAGCCAUGGCGGCGGGGGGUCUCCUAAAGGAGCUCUGCGAGGAGGCCUCCUGCUCCAUCUGCCUAGACUAUUUCAAGGACCCGGUGGCCAUCGCCGAGUGCGGCCACAACUUCUGCCGGGCCUGCCUGACCCGCAGCUGCGAGAAGUCGGGAGCCGCCGAGCCUUCCUGCACCCAGUGCAGGGGAAGGGCGCAGGAGGGGAGCCUCCGCCCCAACCCGCAGUUGGCCAACUUUGUGGACAUAACCAAGAGAUUCGCUCAGCAGGAGGGGAAAGAGGCCGGUGGGAAGGGGGGAGCCUGCGAGAAGAAGCACGGGGAGCCCCUGGAGGUCCUCUGCGCGGUCUGCGGCAGGUCCCAGGAGCCCAGAGAUCCUCUGCAGGAGGCGGCCCAAGAGAAGGAGGCAGUGGUGGCAGCCGGAAAAGGGGGAGUUUGCCAGAAGCACCAGGAGCCCCUGAAGCUCUUCUGCAAGGACGACGAAGCCCUCAUCUGUGUGGUCUGUGACCGAUCUAAGGAGCACAGAAAUCAUGAAACUCUUCCUCUGGAGGAGGCCUCCCAAGAGUACAAGGAUCAGUUCCGCGACUGUCUGGCGAUUCUGAAGAAGGAGAGAGAGAGAAUCGUGGUGCAUAAAAAAGAUGUGGAGAAGGAAAGCCAAGACCUGCUCAAGCAAACCACAGGAGAGAAGCAAGAGACGGUAGCCAAGUUCAGGGAACUGCACAAAUUUCUGGAGGAACAAGAGAGACUUUUGCUGGCCCAGGUGGAAGAGGUGGAGAAGGAGGUGGCAAAGAAAAGGGACUGGCACCUGGCCGAACUCUCUGAGUCGCUCUCCUCUCUGGACAGCCUCAUCCGGGAGAUGGAGGAGAAGUGUCAGCAGUCGGCCGGAGAUCUCCUGCAGGAUGCCAGAAGCAUCUUGCAAAGGUAUGAAGAAAGGGGGUUGUCUGAGAAUCCAGCGGCUUUUCCUCUUGCACUGAAGUGGCAUAUCUGGGACUUCUCGGAUUUAAAUCUCCUUUUGGAGGCCAUCAAGAAGCAAUUAAAAGACACUCUGGAUUCUGGACUUCACCUGCAGAAAGCAAAUGUGACUCUGGAUCCAGACACGGCCCAUCCUGAACUCAUCCUGUCUGAGGGUCGGGAAAGCGUGAGACUAGGAGAAAUAGCUCAAGCCCUGCCCAACAAGCCUGAGAGAUUUGACCAUUUGGCUGUGCUGGGCCGUGAGGGAUUCACAGGAGGCCGCCAUUUCUGGGAAGUCCUUGUGGGAAGAGAGGAAAAAUGGCUUGUGGGGGUGGCCAGAAAGUCUGUGAGAAGGAAGGGAGGCAUCACCAUUACUCCUGAGGAAGGGAUCUGGGCUGUGGGGAAGUGGUCAGGGACGUACAGGGCUGCCAAAAAAUACCAUAACCCUUGCCUGACCCUGAGUGGUGAGCCGAAGAGGAUCCGAGUGUGCCUGAAUUAUGCUGGGGGGCGAGUGGCCUUUUUCGACGCUGACCGAGCAGCCCUUCUCUACGAGUUCUCUGGAGCCUCCUUCCCUGGAGAGACCCUCCUGCCUUUCUUUCGGGUGCAUUCAAAAGGCCACCUCAAAAUCUCUUCUUAGGACCUUUUCUUCAUGCCAGGACCAUCAAAAAAAUAUUAUUUCUCAAGGCCCCCCCCCCUUUGAGUCCUGUAAAGGCCUCUCUGGGCCUCCGAGCCAUCAAAACUGACUUGAGUAAAAUUGAGACAUUUUUCCCCCUCCAUUGCCCAACAUUCCUUUUCCCCCUCUUUCUAUCUAUA